AACGGAGUCUUACUGGUUUUCCAUUUGAUAUCUAGCAAGCCCAAGUUCAUAUCAAAACCGACUCAAAUUCGGUUCUUCAUCAUCAUCUUUCUUCUAAUUUCUUCAUAAUUCAUCGAAUAUUUCGAAUUUCAGUCACCGCAAUCAAGAUGAGACAGAGAAUCGGAAGGAAAUCCAUCUGUUUCAUUAUUACCAUACUGUUUUGCUGCACUCUUCAUGCAAUUGCUGAAGAAUCCUUCGAUGUCCGGCAUCAUCUCUCGACUGUAACAAGGUAUGACGCCGUGAAGGAUAUACUUGACAAUACGUUUUCACCUACUCCAGUUCCAGAUGAGUGUACUCCUAUCCAUAUUAAUCUCGUGGCUAGGCAUGGUACCCGUGCUCCUACAAAGAAGAGAAUUAAAGAGCUAGAUAAUUUAGCAAUACGGCUUAAGCUACUUCUACAAAACGGGGAAUCAGGGAAGAAAAGUUUGGAAAAGAUUCCAGCUUGGGUACAUGAUUGGCAAUCUCCAUGGGUAGGGAAGGUCAAGGGGGGAGAACUAAUUAGUGAAGGAGAAGAUGAGCUAUAUAAUUUUGGGGUUAGAAUCAGAGAAAGGUUUCCAGAGUUGUUUAAUGAAGAUUACCACCCAGAUGUGCAUGUAAUGAAGUCAAGCCAGAUUCCUCGGGCAUCAGCAAGUGCAGUAGCUUUUGGUAUGGGCUUAUUUAGCGGGAAAGGGAAACUUGGACCAGGAAAUCACCGUGCUUUUGCCGUGAUCAGUGAGAGCCGUGCAAGUGAUGUACAACUAAGAUUCCACGAUUGUUGUCAAAACUAUAAGACUCUCAGAAAAAGUAAGCAACCUGAAGUUCAGAAGCUAAAGUACCCUAUCUUGGAUGAUAUUACUGCCGCAUUAAGGAAUCGAUAUGGUCUAAAUUUCACAAGACAAGAUACUUCUUCCAUUUGGUUUCUCUGCAAGGAGGAAGCUUCCUUGUUGAACAUCACAAAUCAAGCUUGUGGCAUGUUUACUUCUUCAGAGGUAAUUUUGCUCGAGUGGACAGAUGAUCUAGAGAUGUUCAUAUUAAAAGGUUAUGGAAAUGCAACAAAUUACCGAAUGGGACUACCACUGCUCAAUGAUGUUAUCCAGUCCAUGGAGCAAGCUAUUAAGGAUAAAGAAGAAGCACGUGCACCCGGAAGUUACGAGAAAGCAAGGUUAAGAUUUGCUCACGCAGAGACGUUGGUUCCAUUUUCAUGUCUAAUGGGUCUCUUUCUUAAAAGAUCUGAUUUGGAAAAGUUAUUAAGGGAAGAAUCGUUACCAUUUCCCCCAAAACCUCCGCAAAAGAGAAUUUGGAAGGGAAGUAUGGUGGCUCCAUUUGCAGGGAACAAUAUCAUUGUCUUAUUUAGUUGUCCGAAAAAGACUUCAAGCCAGUACUUUGUGAAAGUUCUGCAUAAUGAAAAACCAAUUCCUCUGCCAGGUUGUGACAAUUCUGAUUUCUGCCCGUUUGAGGUUUUCAAGGAAAAGAUAGUUGCACCUCAUCUGAAAUACGAUUACAAUUCGAUUUGUGAUAAGGAGAUAGAAGUCGGAGAAAAUCUUUCACUGGCAGGAAAGUUAGCAAAAUGGUUUGGUUGGCAUAGCAGUGCAUCCAAUGUGUCUCCUAAAGAAGAGUUUUAGUGAAAUGAAUAUUUUCGGUACAGUUCUUCCCCUGAAGUAAUGUGUUGUUCUUGCUUUUUAGUUUUUGUUUUGACAAAUGCAACUCAUACAAAACUUAUAUACAUAACCGACUUCUAACCCGGAGUCUUAACUUUUAGGGCCAUAUCUGUUACUGAUGUUUUGUGAAGGUAGCAAAUUGGCUUACUUUUCUA